GACACAAUGAAGACUAUUAUCUGCGUUGCUUUAUUGGCAUGCGUGUGCAUGGCGUACGCCGCACCUCCCCCAUCGGCUGUCGAACCAGCCAAGGCUGACGAGCUUCUCCAACCGGAAGAAACUCAUUGGGGUGGACGGGGUUGGGGCCACUCUGGUUGGGGCCACGGAGGACACGGGGGCUACGGUCGCGGUUAUGGAGGAUACGGUGGAUACGGCGGACACGGCGGAUACGGCGGCUAUGGCGGAUACGGCGGUUAUGGCGGAUAUAGCGGAUAUGGUGGACUAGGUGGAUGGGGAUACGGAAGCGGCUUUGGCGGCGGUUACGGCUACGGCUGGAAACGCUAAUUCCAAACACCAAAAUCUAAUUUAAUUUUUUACAUUAACACCCGGUAUUACCAUCUGUGAUGAUGAAUUUUUAUUUCGAGUAAACUUUUUUU